AUGUCUGUGUUCUCGGCUGUCAAGAUCCCACAUCCUCCUCUCCAUGGCCUCAGAUCCAAAAGUUUUGUAGAGCAGCGUCCUUCAUGCCUCAGAUCCAAAAGUUUUGUAGAGCAGCGUCCUUCAUGCCUCAAGACAAGCCAUCCUUUCUUGGGUUCAAUUGAGAGAAUCCCCAUUCUUCCAAGAAGAAGUUCUAUUUCAAAUCAUCCUCGUGCUUCAUCUCCAACCAGCAUUGUAACCAUUUCGGAGCUCAUCAAGGAGAAGAAGUCCAAGUCCGCUGUAUCCGACCUAAUCAAAAACCCCAAUGGUUACAAGCAACAGGUUCCCAAUAAGCCAGAACCUCCCCCAGCUCCCCCUUUCCCUCAUUCGAGCUCUCUCUUGAAUUUGCAGUUGAUCACAAGAGAAGUGGGCCUUGAGCUUUAUGAGGACAUGGCCCUCGGUCGCUCCUUUAAGGAUAUGUGUGCCCAAAUGUAUGACAAAGGUAAAGUGUUCGGCUACGUCCACCUCUACAAUGGUCAAGAAGCUGUCUCCACAGGCUUCAUCAAGCUCCUAAAGCAAUCAGACUCGAUUGUCAGCGCUUAUCGAUGCCAUGUCCAUGCUUUAAGCAAAGGGGUCCCAGCAAGAGCUCUUAUGAGUGAGCUUUUUGGCAAAACCACUGGUUGUUGCAGAGGCCAAGGUGGGUCAAUGCAUAUGUUCUCGAAAGAGCACAAUCUGCUCGGUGGCUUUGCUUUUAUUGGAGAAGGCAUACCAGUUGCUACUGGUGCUGCCUUCUAUUCAAAAUAUAGGAGAGAUGUGCUCAAAGAGAAGUGCGAUGAUGUGGCUUUAGCCUUUUUUGGAGAUGGAACAUGUAACAACGGCCAAUUCUUUGAGUGCUUGAACAUGGCGGCUCUAUGGAAAUUGCCCAUUGUUUUUGUGGUGCAGAAUAAUCUGUGGGCCAUGAAUACGUCACAGUUGCGGGCUACAAGUGACCCCGAGAUUUGGAAGAAGGGGCCAGCAUUUGGGAUGCCGGGCAUUCACGUUGAUGGGAUGGAUGUGUUGAAGGUCAGAGAGGUGGCAAAGGAGGCGAUAGGGAGAGCCAGGAGGGGAGAGGGGCCGACGCUUGUUGAGUGUGAGGCAUACCUGCUCAGAGGGCACUCAGUGCUUGACCCUGAUGAGCCUCCUGAUCGGGCUGAGAAAGCACACUAUGUUACAAGAGACCCAAUAAAGGCCCUAAAGAAGUACAUUGUAGAGAAGAAGCUAUCAAAUGAAUCAGAGUUGAAGGCUAUUUAGAAGAAGAUCGACGAGGUAGUUGAAGAUGCAGUUGAAUUUGCCGACAAAAGCCCUCUUCCAUCUCGAAGCCAGCUCCUUGAGAAUGUGUUUGCUAACCCAAAAGGCUUUGGUAUUGGACCUGAUGGAUGGUGCAGAUGCGAGGACCCUAACCAUGCUGGAGGAGUUCCUUUGAACAAAUCUCUUUACACAACUAGUUACAUGUUGCUAACUUCUGCCACUGCAGGGCUCCUCUACUAUGCUAUAUAUUUAUUGGUUGAUGUAUAUGGUUACAAGCAACCAACAUUUUUAUUUGAAUGGAUGGGGAAGCAUUCCUUGAGUAUCUUCAUUCUGGUCGCGUCGAACAUGGCUAUAAUCGCAGCUCAAGGCUUCUACUGGGCUAAGCCAGAAAAUAAUAAUAUUCAUUGGAUCAUGUCACAGGUUUCACCCAAAUGAUGUGUACUAUGUUUUGCGUUGCUCCCUUCGAUUUUUCAUGUAUGUGAGAUAUUUUUUAUCACAAAUGAAUUUGAGCAUCUUGAAUUCUUGACCUGAGGAAGGGUAAAAGAUACUUAUUUGUCUUACCCCAUUUAAGUUUCAACAACUUAAGCUUCACUAUUUUACUGUUGUAUAACAUCUUUCUAGGACUAUGGUAGUAGACCGGAUUGAACAGCGAUAA